AUGCCAAAAAUCGAUGAUGCAUCGGAUAGAACGUGUCUGGUGACAGCAGCAACAACUGAUGGAAAUGAUAAUGACGCGUUUGUGGAGGAUUUAAUUGUAGACGAUUCUCGAGUGGGCGGCGAUUCGACAACAACGUCUUCUGGAGAUGUGGAAAUUAGAAGACGUUCGCUUCAAACAACGCAUUGUCAUUUUUGGGACGACAACGAGGAGAACGGAAGAAUGGUGGCUGUUAGAGAGUCUAGAGAUUCGACGGAUUCUGGAGCAUCCGUCACGUCUUCUGCAGAUGAAUCGAUUGAAGAUUCGAUUCGUCGAAUUUCGGAAUGUCAUGAGGAGUUGGGCAAGCUGUGCGCAGAAGCUGGCCUAAAAGGGCAAAAAGCGACGAGAGCCGCCGAGAAUUUCACCUGGAAUUUGAGAUUGUUGAAAGCGCAGCUCAAUUUAAUGAAUAAGUCCCAAGAGGAGGCACAGGAUGUUGUUACUCAGGUUUUCGACACCGGAGGCGUGUUGGGAGUACUGUCACAGAAAUUGCUCAUCCGAAAAAAUGGGCGGAGAUUCUCCAGAGUCGUCGCUGAUCCAACUAAAGAUUCUGUGCUUUGA